AUCUACUAAACGAGUCAAAUUACAUGAAUUAAUGAUCCUUAAAAUUGAAGAACAUCUAACAAAUUUGUCAUUGAACAUCAAUUUUUCACAAUUCUACCAUUUAUAUCUAGACCAAAUAACAUGUAACUUGGUAGCCAUCAUCCCAUUACUUACCGUACAGGCUUAACAUGCACAAAUCAGUUCGUCAACUCAUCCAUCAUAUCAAUAAAACUCCUCUACAUGAACCUUCAUAAUUCAAUUAUCGUAACUCUUCUGUUUUUCUUUUGGAUAACUUGCAGUAGCACUUAAUACUUCAUACAUGAAAUCAAAUUAAACGAAUAAAUCCAUCACGAAGUGGAUCAAGUCCAGACCUCAAAAGACGAAUUUGUUAAAAAUAAAAACUUAUGGACCAAAUAGUUAGGUACUCCAUAAUUUAUUAACCUUUUUGUGUAGCGAGCCCGUUACUUGAUUAAAAAAAAAAAAAAGCCCUCCAGAAAGGAAGACCGCUUUAUCCCAAGCCCACGUUUCCCUCUCCCGCGGUUGUAACAUCCAAACGCGGCCUUUUCACAACUUCCAAACGAACUUUCUCACGCUUCUCUAGUUGUCUCCUCCUCCGGACCCUCUCUCAAAUCUUGCCACAAAAAAGAUCUCACAUUUCCGCUCGAUAAGAAUCUGUCUGCAUAUCCCACUUCUUAAUUUCCCUUUCUUUUGCCCCAGAUCGUCGCCGAUUUCCUUCCCACGUCGCCGGUUAUCAUGUCGGUACGUGAAAUUUCCUCUCCACUGGUUUAUGCCCGUCGUAGUAGAUCUGCGCACUCAAUUUUUCGUUUCUGGUUUUUAUUAUCUUUUUGGCCCAUAUUGUUGCGAUUUCGGGGGUUUGGAAAUGACCCAGUUAAUCAAUUUCGCCUCUUUGAUCGUCCAUUGUUGGUCUGAUGGCUCUCUUCGUUUUACCAGUUCGACAUGGAUUCCUCUUUGUCGUUGUUGAAUAUUGACACAGCACGAACAUGGAUAUGAAAAUUGUGCUCUUGGGUUUGCUGUUGGAAUUGGGGUUUAGACCAAAUGAUUCUUACGUUAAAAAGCAAAUUUAGGUGAUUUAACGAGAAGGGUCAGAUGAAAGGCAUCUGAUUCGUUGUCGAUCAGUACCAAUGCGUAUUUUACUUUGAAACUUUGUCGAAAAACACGUCGGAGUUGGUCUAAUGAUAACGAGUCGAUGAAAUACUCGAUCAGUACUUCAUCGUGAUAUGAGAAGAUACGCAUUUCAUGUUGAGCGCAUUAUGCGUUGGAACUUGGGGCUCAACUUGAUGUAUAAAAAUAGGGGGUUAUUUGAAUUGGAUUACUGAGUGGUGGUCCUCAACUCCUCAUUCUCGUAUGGAAUUGAUUAUUGGUUUAGUAAUUAGACGCGCAUUUAUCAAUUUAUGAAGGGUGGAUCUUGGGAAUCUCUCUUUGGCCUCGUUGGUCAUCGUAUACUUUUAGUUUAAUGGUUAGUAGUUUGAUUACUGACACGCUGAUGUGUUGUAAUUUAUGACCGUUUAAUAACUCAGUUCAUUGUUGUCGCAGGUGAAAACAGUGAAGGUGAGCAAUGUUUCUGUAAAGGCGACGGAUAAAGACCUCAAGGAGUUCUUUUCUUUCUCUGGUGAUAUUGAAUAUGUUGAGAUGCAAAGUGUUGAUGAGAAAUCUCAAGUGGGAUUUGUUACCUUCAAAGAUGCUCAAGGCGCAGAUACUGCAGUUCUUCUCUCGGGAGCAACUAUAGUUGAUCUUGCUGUCACCAUUGCUCUAGAUCCAGAUUACAAGCUACCACCGGCUGUCUUAUUGGCAAUGGAGAACAAUCCAUCUGCACCUGCUGAGCCCGACUCAGCUCUCCGAAAUGCGGAGGACGUGGUCAGCAGCAUGCUGGCCAAAGGCUUCAUCUUGGGCAAAGACGCUGUCAACAAGGCCAAAUCCUUUGAUGAGAAGCACCAGCUGACGUCAACUGGCCUAGCCAAAGUCGCCUCCUUCGACAAGAAGAUAGGCCUCACCGACAAGCUCAGCGCCACCAGCACUGUGAUGGGCGACAAGGUACGCGAAGUUGACCAGAAGUACCAGGUUUCCGAGAAGACCAAGUCUGCAUUCGCAGUCGCGGAGCAGAAGGUCAGCAGCGCUGGUUCGGCAAUCAUGAAGAACCGGUACGUGUUCACCAGUGCUGCUUGGGUGACGGGGGCAUUUAGUAAAGUGGCCAAGGCGGCGGAAGACGUGGGUCAGAAGGCGAAGGAGAAGGUUGGGAUGGCCGAGGAAGAGCAGAAGAGGAAAGUGGUGGAGGAUUUUGCUUCAGUUCACUUGGCCGAUUCCCCGAAUGUACCAUCAAGCCAUGAUCAUGAUGAUCAACUAGAGCAGAAGUUUCAGCAGGAGUCGCCCUCUCCUGCUGAUCCGAAAUUGCCACCGAGUGCGGACAUCAAAUCGUCAUCGCCAUCUUCCAAAUCUCCUCCCAAGCCAGCACCUGCUCAAGGGUUGAUCCUUUGAAAAACUCUCAGUCUUCUCUUAUCUUUGAUCUCUGAUUUGCACAAAAUGGAGGGAGUUGGAUCUUUGAUUUCUGAAUGCUACACGCCAACUACAAGGAACACUUUACUUUUUAUAUAUGUUUUCUCAUAAUCAUAUCAUUAGCCUCAUCUUUUUCUUGUUCUUCCAUGUGUAUAUGCAAUGCAAUGGACGAAAGAUGGUUUUUUCAGUAUAUAAAUCAUAUGAACUAUUUAGGACGUGCUUACUACUAGCGAUUAAUUGGGAUGAAUCUUCGGCAGAGAUCAGAAAUAAGCGAUAAACUGAAGA